AACAGUUCAUUCUUAAUAACGGCAGUGAACAAAAUGGCACCGACGGUAGUUCUUAUAACUGGCUGUUCAACGGGAAUGGGGCUGACUGAGGCGGUGCACCUUGCCAAUGUGUCCAAACAUGACUUCAAGGUUUACGCUACAGUGAUUGAUUUGGACGGAAAGGGAGACCUGCAAAAGGCUGCCGGUGACUCCCUCGACAAAAAGCUGAUCAUCCGUAAAUUGGAUGUCACCAAAGAAGAUACUAUCAAGGCCGUAGUUGACGAGAUAUUGCGAGUGGACGGCAGGAUCGACGUUGUUGUGAACAAUGCCGGGGUGUUGGGUGAUCAGGCUGGCUUCUUCUUUCACAAUCCACCGAGCUCCGUAGACGGCGUUCUAGAUCUCAUGAACGUGAACUUCUUAGGCGCAGCCCGAGUCAUUCAGGCCGUGUUACCAGCCAUGAAAAAGCAGAGGUCGGGUCGUAUCAUCAACACAUCAAGCGGAGUCGGGGUAGAAGCAACUCCUUUCAUAGAGUUUUAUUCGGCAUCCAAGUUCGCAUUGGAGGGAUUCUCUGAGAGCCUAGCACCUGUCCUUCGCAAAGGUUACAAUAUCAGGGUAAUUAUUUUGGAGCCGUAUUCAGUCUGGACACCUCUUCUGGCGCAAUUCCUUGACCCAUCAUUCAAAGUGGAGUACAUGUGCGGUACCUGGGAGGAGAAGGGCCAAGAAAUGUACAAAGACUACUUUGAGAAGGAUCUGAUGCCCGCCGCGAGGGCCUACCAACAACCAGAGGAGAUUGCCGAGCUCUUGGAGGAAAUCAUCCUGACCGAUGACCCGCAUCUAAGGUAUCAGAGCUGCCCGGUCUUGAAGGCGACUAUCGCGGCUAAGAUGACAGAUCCAACAGGUGAUUCAGUCUUCAAGCUAUACAAGUCCCUCCGCGAUCCGGUAGACAGUAACUAAUGCGAUCUUUAUCUAAUCCGCCUUAAGGCGUUGUCAGCUGUAGUGUAAGUGCAGAGCGGCCUGAUAUUUCAGCCUUAGCAAGGUCUUCAAUAGAGGCAAAUGUCAGAGGAAUAAGAAACAAACAUGUAGGGGACACACAAGCAUGCAGGGUUGGGAGGGGAAACACAAAGGAAAUAUUAGGGGGGGGUUGAUCUUUACUUAAUCCGCCUAAAGGCGUGGUCAGCUGUCUUUGAACUUUACCUUUUAACCAGUCACAGUUAAACAAGCAACAAUCUGAACCGUUUUCUCCUAAGCACUUGGAAAAUGCCCAGAAUACAGUUCCUUGAAGUCAGCGAAGGGUUGAAAUCAAUGUUAAAAUCCGAAUCUCCCAAAAAUAAAAUUUCCAGCAGUUCGCGUUGUAAUUCUCAGUCAAUCAUCAUGAUGUAAUUGAUUUAACAAAAAACAAAAUGUGUACCUUU